AUGGCGGCGGCGGCGGCGGCGGGGGAGAUGGUGCGCGGAUUCGCGCCGGCGACACGCGUGGCCGCGGCCAGGCCGUCGACGGCGGCGGUGGCGGCGCCCCCGCAGCCCAGGCGGGCGGUCGCCGCGCGGGUGCUGCGCACCUCCGCCUCCGACAAGGUGGCGGCGGAUCUCCACGUCGUCGGGAACAACGGCUCCCUCUCCGCUCUGAGCAAAAGCGAGGUUGCUGCUGACGCCACCUCGCAAGCGGCUGGCGUGAAUACCCGGAGGAAGACGAAGAUUGUCUGCACCAUAGGCCCCUCGACCAACACGCGGGAGAUGAUCUGGAAGCUUGCGGAGACUGGAAUGAACGUCGCGCGUAUGAAUAUGUCCCAUGGCGACCACCAGUCGCACAAGAAGGUGAUUGAUUUGGUGAAGGAGUACAACGCGGAGAACACCGAUGGCAACACCAUCGCUAUCAUGCUGGACACAAAGGGUCCGGAAGUGAGAAGUGGGGAUGUUCCUGAGCCAAUCAUGCUUGUGGAAGGGCAAGAGUUCAAUUUCACGAUCACAAGGGGGGUCAGCACCAUAGACACUGUCAGUGUGAACUAUGAUGACUUCAUAAGUGAUGUUGAAUCUGGUGACAUACUGUUGGUGGAUGGAGGAAUGAUGUCGCUUGCCGUGAAGUCAAAAACAACCGACACAGUCAAGUGUGUAGUGGUUGAUGGUGGAGAGUUGAAAUCAAGGCGCCACCUUAAUGUACGUGGAAAGAGUGCAACUCUUCCAUCUAUAACAGAGAAGGAUUGGGAAGAUAUCAAGUUUGGUGUGGAAAACGGUGUUGAUUUCUAUGCUGUUUCAUUCGUGAAGGAUGCCAAUGUUAUUCAUGAACUCAAGGACUACCUGAAAAGUGCUAAUGCGGAUAUACAUGUCAUUCCAAAAAUCGAGAGUGCUGAUUCAAUUCCAAACCUGCAGUCAAUUAUUGCUGCUUCAGAUGGGGCUAUGGUGGCUCGUGGAGAUCUGGGUGCUGAACUUCCAGUUGAGGAAGUUCCUUUACUACAGGAGGAGAUUAUCAGAACAUGCCGAAGCAUGCAGAAACCAGUAAUUGUUGCCACAAAUAUGUUGGAAAGCAUGAUAGAUCACCCAACUCCAACAAGGGCAGAAGUCUCUGAUAUAGCAAUUGCUGUUCGGGAAGCUGCUGAUGCCAUUAUGCUCUCUGGUGAAACUGCUCACGGAAAGUACCCAUUGAAGGCAGUGAAGGUGAUGCACACUGUGGCACUUAGAACAGAAUCCAGCCUUUAUGACCCAACUAAAGCUCCGAGUCUUGUUGCACGCCCACAGGCUCUGCUCAAUGAUGACUUCUGCAAAAGCCAACUAAGUAAAAUGUUCGGGUCUCAUGCAACGAUGAUGGCAAACACUCUUCAGACGCCGAUCAUUGUGUUUACACGUGUGGGUUCCAUGGCUGUUCUUCUGAGCCACUACCGUCCCUCGUCCACCAUAUAUGCAUUCACCAAUGAAGUACGAGUGAAGCAACGGCUGGCACUCUAUCAGGGCGUGGUUCCCAUUCUGAUGGAGUUCUCAGAUGACGCGGAAGAGACUUUUUCGAGAGCAAUUACUAGCUUGCUGGACGCAAAAUACAUGAGCGAAGGGGACUAUGUCACCCUGGUUCAGAGUGGAUCACAGUCGAUCUGGAGAGAAGAAUCUACUCACCACAUCCAAGUGAGGAAAGUCCAGGGCUGAUGCGGAACAUGCCGAAGCAUGCAUGAUCCCCCCUAUCACAAUUCACAACAGAGAAGUUUUGAUGGCGCCUUCAAGUGUUUACUGUGUCGCGUUACAAGGGAUGUCUGAGUAAUUUUUAUGGAUACCGAUUGCUAUGUCGAGCUGUAGCUUAUGUUGAAUUUACUUGUGAACACUGAAAAUUUUAAUACAAUAUUCAUUCUUAUU